AUGUGGUGCAGCGAUUUCAGGCAGCUCGGCCAAGGCCUGGCCCCAUCAGCAUCAGGGCCUAAAGACUUCACUCAGCUUCGUCCUUCAAUUACUCUUGAGCAAAUGGAACCGCCGGCGCAGUCCGCGAAAGGUCUGCGUGCGCCUGGGGGAAAAGGCUACCUGACGGUCAGCAUUGAGCCGCUCCCGCCUGUGGUGGUUGGCGAUGCCGUGACUUUGAAAUGUAACUUCAAGACGGAUGGCAGGAUGCGGGAGAUCGUCUGGUACCGGGUCACGGAUGGUGGUACCAUCAAACAGAAGAUCUUCACCUUCGAUGCCAUGUUCUCCACCAACUACUCGCACAUGGAGAAUUAUCGCAAGAGAGAGGACUUGGUGUACCAGUCCACAGUGCGUCUUCCGGAGGUGCGGAUCUCAGACAACGGCCCAUACGAGUGCCACGUGGGCAUUUACGACAGAGCUACCCGGGAGAAAGUGGUCCUGGCCUCCGGCAACAUAUUCCUGAAUGUGAUGUCUCCUCCCAUCUCCAUCUCCGUCAUUGCUGCGGACACGCCUGCUCCCUUCAGCCGCUACCAAGCUCAGAACUUCACCUUGGUCUGCAUCGUCUCAGGAGGGAAGCCCGCCCCGACGGUGUAUUUUAAGAGAGACGGGGAGCUGAUAGAGGUGGUACCCCUGCUGGAGCCUCCAGCCAGCGCCGCCGGGCUACAGCUGAACCGCGACCUGGACGACACCAAGAUGCAGAAGUCCCUGUCCCUGCUGGACGUGGAGGACCGGGGCGGGCGGCCCUACACGGAGGACCCCUUUAAAAGCCUCACCCCUGACCAGGGACUUCUCUUCAGCCCGGCCACAGAGGUCAUCCCAGAGACUGUGGUGAGCCGGGAGUUCCCGAGGUGGGUCCACAACAUGGAGCCCACCUACUACUUCCACCACACGCACCUCCCCAUCAGCGACGGCACCGUGGAGGUGCGGGCCAUGCUCAUGUGGACGCUUAACCCGCAGAUAGACAAUGAGGCUCUCUUCAGCUGUGAGGUCAAGCACCCCGCCCUCUCCAUGCCCAUGCAGAGCGAGGUGACGCUAGUUGCUCCCAAAGGUCCAAAAAUCAUGAUGACCCCAACGAGAGCCCGAGUUGGAGACACGGUUCGGAUCUUGGUGCAGGGCUUUCAGAAUGAAGUCUUCCCCGAGCCCUUGUUCACCUGGACCCGUGUUGGGAGCCGGCUCCUGGAUGGCAGCGCUGAGCAUGAUGGGAAGGAGUUGAUCCUAGAAAGAGUACCAGCUGAGUUAAACGGUUCCAUGUACCGCUGCACUGCCCAGAACCCACUGGGCUCCACCGACACCCACACUAGGCUUAUCGUGUUCGAAAACCCAAAUAUUCCAAGAGGAACAGAAGAUUCAAACGGUUCAGGCACCAGCCCUAACAGCUUCAGGCUAAUUUUGACGCUCACCCUAACAGUGAUCCUUGAGCUGACGUGAAGGUUUGCCUCCUCCUCCCUCAAACAGCUCCACCCGUCAGUUGGUUUUCUUUUCUUUUUUUUCUUUUCUUUUUCUAAACUAUUUACAGUCUUGUUAUCGGUCUCUUUCUGUCUGUGUCUUGGCUCCCUCAGUCGAUUUAAUUAAAAUAAAAAAAUUUCCCCCUG